UGACCAUUUUUUUGGUAUUCUAGGUUUGUCUAUGUGCCCACUGCCCAGCUGAUAAGCUAACCUAACCUCCAAUUUCAAUGUCAAAACUCUUAAGUUAUUAUUUAUUUUCUCAAUUGAAAAAUAAUAAUAAUUUUAAUUAAAUAUUAUUUUUUGAAAAUCAAAAUAAUGGCGAGCAAUGUCCUAGUUGAACAAGACAGCGAGGGUAAAUCAGAACAAGACAGUAAAUCUGAGAAUAGUGCCUUGUUCAUAUGCCUGGGUAACAUAUGUCGAUCUCCCAUUGCGGAAGCUGUUUGCAAAAAGGUUGUUAUUGAUAUGAUGGUUUCGAAUCGGUGGCACAUUGACAGUGCCGCUAUCGGUCCAUGGCACGUUGGCAAUCAACCGGAUCACCGAGCCUUGAAAACCCUCAGGGCACACGGAUUAUCAACAGACCAUCUGUGCCGUCAGAUAAACAGUAACGAUUUCAGAAAAUUUGACUACAUUCUUGGAAUGGACAUAGGGAACAUAAAGGCGUUGAAUAAUAAGCGUCCAGAGGAUGCGACAGCUAAAAUACUGCUCCUUGCGUCGUUUCAUCCCAACGGAGUCAUUCUGGAUCCUGCCUAUCUCGACGAACAUGCUUUCGAAACAUGCUAUCAACAAUGUCUUAGCUGUUGUUCGGCCUUCAUUAAACAGACAAUGAAUGAAAAAAGAAAUAGUCGACAAACAUCAUUACCACAUAAGUUACCGUACACAUAAGCACGUGCCGUUAAUAAGGAUACACUUACUCUUGUUUUUCUUGAGUUAUUCUUUGCUUCGUGACUCAAGUAUCAUCACAGUAUUAUUAUUGUAAAACGCGUUAGUCUUUCAAUUGUUGAGAACAAAAUAUUAUACAUAUUUUUCCUUAUCAAUGUAGCUAUUAAGAAUUUAGGUACUACCAACACAAAAAUCUUGAGAAGUCUCUGGUAACCGAAUAUACUACUAUCAAAGAUUUUACAAAUAAUAGUUUUCAAAGAUUUGAUUGAUCCUUUU